AAGCCCGGGGGGGGGAGUGGAGGGGGGUGGGAUGCAGAGUUGGAGGCUGACUGUGGGUUUGAGCAGGAGGAGGUGGAGGUUGCUGCUGGUGUGGGGGAGACACCUGAGCGUCCCCGGGGCUCUCACACCUUCCAGUGUGGCGCAGCCUCGGGUUGUAAAUUCUACACCCAGCUCUGCCACUUGCUAGUUGUGACAUUUGGGGAAGCUGCUUUCUUUCUCUCUUUUCUCUUUUUUAGAAAGUUAGCCCGCUAGUCCCCUUCUGCCCUCCUCCCCCCCAAAGAGAGUAAUAAUGGCAGUCAUUUCUCCUGUUUGCUUUGUGUCAAGCACUGACGUUCCAUUUCGUUUCUCCCAACGCCUAUCAAAGGUAGGGAUCAUUAGCUCUGUUUCAGUAGACAGGAAGACUGCAGCUGAGUGAGGAUGUGUCAUUUGUUCAAGAUCACACAGCUAACAAGUGGCUGAGCCGGGGUUCAGCCCAAGUCUGACUCCAAAUCCCAUGGCCUUGGGCACUGCCAGGUUAACCAGCUUUUGGGGUACAUUCCCUGGGGGUAGAAAAUAUCAACAAUCCUAGGGCCCCAGAUCCUGCCCUGUGAUGACUGAAUUUAUGCUGUGGUCAGCAAAGACUUGCCUUGACCCACCCCGCCAUCUUUCUUUUUUAUGGUGCUUCUGCCACUAGGCCCCAGACUAAAGCCCUCCCCCAUCCUCCUGUACCCAUUCCAAAUUUCCUUCCCUCAGUGCUUGGGUGAUGGGUUCAGCUUCCAUAAUGACAGCUGCUUUGAGCCACCCCGUCCAUGUCUUAAAUGAACAAACUCUUACCUCCGAGUUGGACUUAGGAUACUUGAGGGAGGGUCUCUUUAAGCUGGAUGGUUCUAAUAUCCCAUCAGUCCCUGGUGAGCUGGGUGUGGUAAGCAGUUUGGGUUCUCUCAAGCUCUGGGGACAGAGACUGGGUACUCGAAAGCAUAGCAGAGUGGACCCAGUGUUGUAAAGCUUGUCUGAGCUUUGGUUUUCUCAUAUUGGAGGUUAUGACAUCUUCUCCCCGGGAAAGGUAAGAUGACUCGAUGGAAGCCUCUGGAAUGGCACAUGGGAAGUGCGUGACAGGUGGUGGAGGAUCUGUUUUAAGAGAAGGGCAGUGGUGAGCUGGAGUUCUUUGUGGAGGGAAGUAUUCCACACCUCCCUUGCUCCUGGAUCACUUUCCGAGAGAGUGGUUGCAAAGGCAGCCGGAGAAAUCCUGUGGGGACAGCCUUAGGGCGCGUGGGGUGUGCCGAUCGGGAAGAGGGAGAGGCAUUUGGGUUCUCUCCCCGAUUGUCCUCUGAGGGGUAUGAACCACAUGAGGGGUCUCUGGCUUGGGUUGGGAUGCCCCGUCCCACCUCUGCAGUGACUCUGUGUAUGUAUGUGCCUCUCUCUUCCUCCUGCAGCUGCUGCCGCUCACCCUGUGUCUCCUGGCCACUUCCCUCCUUGCUGCCCUUCCCCACAGGCUCUCCCUCUCCUCCUCCUGGGGCCCAUCAUGAAUGGUGCCCCUUCCCCUGAGGAUGGGGCCUCCCCCUCCCCGCCCCCUCUCCCUCCACCUCCUCCUCCAAGUUGGCGGGAGUUCUGUGAGUCCCAUGCUCGGGCUGCGGCCCUGGAUUUUGCCCGCCGUUUCCGCCUCUACCUGGCCUCCCACCCACAGUACGCGGGGCCUGGCGCAGAGGCUGCCUUCUCCCGCCGUUUUGCUGAGCUCUUCCUGCAGCACUUUGAAGCCGAGGUGGCCCGGGCCUCUGGCUCCCUCUCGCCACCUGUCCUGGCCCCCCUGAGCCCUGGCCUGGAAAGCCCACCACCCAACGACCUGUCCCUUGAGAGCUGCAGGGUGGGUGGGCCCCUGGCUGUGCUGGGCCCUUCCCGAUCAUCUGAGGACCUGGCCGGCCCCCUCCCUUCCUCCGUCUCUUCCUCUUCUUCAACCUCCUCAAAGCCGAAGCUUAAGAAACGCUUCUCCCUCCGUUCGGUGGGUCGUUCGGUUCGAGGCUCGGUCCGUGGCAUCUUACAGUGGCGGGGGACCGUUGAGCCUCCCUCCCCAGCUGGGCCCCUGGAGACCUCUUCGGGCACCCCAGUCCUGGGUGGAAACAGCAACUCCAACUCCUCUGGUGGGGCUGGGAACAUUGGUAGGGGACUGGCUAGUGACGGCACGUCCCCUGGGGAGAGAUGGACUCACCAUUUUGAGAGGCUGAGACUCAGUCGAGGAGGGGCCUCCUUGAAGGACGGAGCAGGGCUGGUGCAGAGGGAAGAGCUCCUGAGUUUCAUGGGGGCUGAAGAGGCCGCUCCCGACCCUGCUGGAGUGGGGCGGGGAGGAGGGGCAUCUGGGCCUACCUCAGGAGGAGGAGGAGGGCAGCCUCAGUGGCAGAAGUGUCGCUUACUGCUUCGGAGUGAAGGAGAAGGAGGAGGAGGGAGUCGCCUGGAGUUCUUUGUACCACCCAAGGCUUCACGGCCCCGACUCAGCAUCCCCUGCUCGACCAUCACAGACGUCCGGACAACCACAGCCCUGGAGAUGCCCGACCGGGAAAACACGUUUGUGGUGAAGGUGGAAGGCCCCUCGGAGUACAUCCUGGAGACGACUGAUGCUCUCCAUGUGAAGGCCUGGGUGACUGACAUCCAGGAAUGCCUGAGCCCAGGACCCUGCCCUGCUACCAGUCCCCGUCCCAUGACCCUCCCUCUAGCCCCGGGGGCCUCCUUCCUCACAAGGGAGAACACAGAGAGCCUGGAACUGCCCUGCCUGAAUCACUCAGAGAGUCUGCCCAGCCAGGACCUGCUGCUGGGCCCCAGCGAAAGCAAUGAGCGCCUGUCACAGGGGGCAUACGGGGGCCUCUCAGAUCGGCCUUCUGCAUCCAUCUCCCCCAGUUCUGCCUCCAUUGCCGCCUCCCAUUUUGACUCAAUGGAACUGCUUCCCCCAGAGUUGCCCCCUCGCAUGCCCAUUGAGGAGGGCCCCCCAGCAGGGACAGCUCAUCCUCUCUCAGCCCCCUACCCUCCCCUGGACACUCCAGAAACAGCCACAGGGUCAUUCCUGUUCCAGGGGGAGUCGGAGGGAGGCGAGGGGGACCAGCCCCUCUCAGGGUACCCUUGGUUCCACGGGAUGCUCUCUCGACUCAAGGCUGCCCAGUUAGUGCUGGAAGGCGGUGCCAACUCGCAUGGUGUCUUCCUGGUCCGUCAGAGCGAGACAAGACGGGGCGAGUACGUCCUCACUUUCAACUUCCAGGGCAAGGCCAAGCACUUGCGCCUGUCGCUCAACGAGGAGGGCCAGUGUCGGGUCCAGCACCUGUGGUUCCAGUCCAUUUUCGAUAUGCUCGAGCACUUCCGGGUGCACCCCAUCCCUCUUGAGUCUGGAGGCUCCAGUGACGUGGUCCUCGUCAGCUACGUGCCCUCCCAGCGGCCCCAGGGUGAGCAGAGCAGGUCUGCCGGGGAGGAGGUGCCCGCGCACCCAGCAAGUGAGGCCGGGAGCAGGCCGCGAGCCAUGCAGGGGUGUGCGAGGGAGAUGGAUGCUACCCCGAGGCCUCCUCCACCCUCCUGCCCUUCGGAGCGAGUGACUGUGUAGCCGAGCACCUCCCAUGACCCACCCCAGGCCCCUGAACCCCCUCCAUGGACAGCUCCCCCACAUCCUGGGGCAGAAGAGGCGGCGGGGGCGCCAGAAGUGGCGGCAGCAGCAGCCACAGCAGCCAAAGAGAAGCAAGAAAAAGAGAAAGCGGGCAGUGGAGGGGGCCAGGAAGAGCUGGUCCCCCUGGCUGAGCUGGUCUCCAUGGUGGAAUUGGAAGAGGCCAUAGCACCUGGAGCGGAGGCCCAGGGUGGUGCUGGCUCUGGUGGGGACACGGCCGUGACCCUGAUAGCGCAGCUCCAGCAACUACCACUAGGGGGCAACAGAGAAGAAGGGGGCCAUCCCAGAGCCAUUAAUAACCAGUACUCCUUUGUGUGAGCCACCCACCCACCCUCCACUCUCCUUGCUCCCCAGCCUUCGGUGGAGAGGCUAGGCGGGGUGGGGACAUAGAGGAGAGUGGGACUCCCCUCCCCACAUGCUUCCUGACCCUUGUCAGCCAAGGGCAUAUAUGUUGGUACGAGCAGCCAUUCGAGAGCCCUGCUAACUCCCCAGUUUGUACACUACAGGUGCCCCUUCCCCACUGGGGACUCGGGCUCCAUUACCUCCCUGCGGGGCUCCUGUGCUCAGUCCCAUCCCUGGGGGCCAUUUCCCCACUAACCACCCCCCAGCCCAAGCAAAGGGUGAGGGGGAAGGGCUGUCAGUUGUAUUAAGAUUGUCAUUAUUGUUUUAAACAAAACAGAGCAGCAUAAAUCAAUAAAAGGGUUAUCUCA